AUGUCAUUUGAAAACUCGCCGUUUGCCGCGUCUUUAUACCAGGCAGGCACGCCUAAACGUCAAAUCAUACACCCUGUCGACACGUCAUCGACGUCUUUUUUACAAUCCCCAGACUCAUCCUUCAUGGGGUCUUAUAAUACGCCUGUACCGCAAAACUAUCGAAUGAACUUGCAGCCUAGCAAUUUUAAGUUGGGAAUCAGCAGUGGAGCAGUCAGCAGCAACAGCAUUGGUGCCACCAGUGGUAGCAACAGUGGUAAUAACUUAGGCAGCUCUUUGACUAACACAUCUUCGAUUGGAUUAUCAACGCCCAGCAACAGAAUUGUUAGACCUCUUUUUAAUACACCAGUGCCUGGGAAAGCUUCGCCACUUAAAACUUCAUCUGGUAUAGCUCCACCUAUUGUAUCGACCUCUGGAAGCUCCUAUUUUACCAGUUCUGUAGAACCUCGUCCUUUGGCUUUGCGAUCCCCGGCACCAAAAUCAGCAGGGUCGACUACAUCUACAUCGACAAACACUGCAGAACCAUCUAAAAAGAAUGCUUUAUCUAAGGAUUCAACUAAAGUAGAGCCUGUGGAAGCGGGUACACACAUCCCCACUGGGUCAUGGGAGAGCUCUGUAACGCGUAAGAUACGUGGUCGGGUCGUCAACACAGAGCUUGCCACCAAGAAUUUGCUUGUUAAUCUUCUGCUUUUAAUUGCUGUGCGAUUUUUUAUUCACAUUGCAUUUAACCAAACUGCUGGCAAAGAAGCUGCGGCCGCGGCUUCUGCAGUAUCGCAUCACUAUCAUCAUGCGCGCUCUGGUUUGAGCAGCAGUGGUGGUAGUGGCGGCAGUGGCAACGGUGGUAGUAACCAACAAAAUUAUAGACAAUCUGCUUCAUCGUCUGUGGCUGCUGCUGCUGCUGCUGCUGCCAACUCUGCAUGCUCUACAUCACUUUCAGAGUGGUUUGCUCAGUACAUUCCAUACGAGUAUCAUUGGGCUUUUUUUAUUGUGGCCCGUGCGUCGCGGUACCUGGUGCACGGGACUCAACUGUUGCUAUUGUACAACAUUGUGGUCAAUGGCUAUAUUAUCUUUUUCCCAUUUGCACGACAAAUUGAGGAUGUGAAGGUUACGGAAUCGCAGCGACAACUUCUUGAUCUGCCACAAUCACCUCAUCCUACAUCGUCAAGUUCAGCUGGUGGUAGCAAAAGCCAAUCUCGUCCAGAUUCUGUGCCCUUAUACAAGAAAUCGACUUUGCAUCAGCGGUCAUAUGCAGGCCGCCCGUCAUCUUCGUCAUCAUCAUCAUCUUCUUCUUCUUCUUCUUCUUAUUCUUCUGCCACUUCGUCAUCUUCUGUUGUAUCUUCUUCUGUGUCGCCAUUUGUUUCACCAAGUAAGUCAGAUCCCUCCUCUGCACAAAAUGCAUCAACUUUAUCUCCAGUUCGAGCACCUGCACUUUCCGGGCCUACUCCACUUCUUGGAUCACCAUUAAAAGCACAUUUGAUGAGUAUGUCUCCGCAAAGUAAAACUAAACAACAGAGUAACAAAAACAAUGCAGUAGUUCCUGUCCCUGAGAAUAUUGAGCAGGCCCUACCAGCUUUACAACCUAACCAACAACCCUUUUUGCCUGGAUCUUCGUGUUUCUCCCUCUUUGGCACACCUGCAUCGCCACUUGCUGAUUUGAAGAAGAAAAUCAAUAGUCCGCCUGCGUCGCAUUUCCCUUCAUCGAACUCAGUUACCUCACGUUUGAACUUUGGAUUAACAUCAGGAUCUGCCAGCUCUGUAGGAAACAGUACUGUGAGCUCUGGUCUUGCUACUGGCAAUGCUAAUCUGAAUAAAGAUUUGCGACGAAAGUCAAUGGUUGCAGCUGCAUCGUCUGCUGGAAGUUCAGGUUCUGUUUCUGCGCUUGCUACAAAUACCACAAACAGUCUUGUGGGCAACUCUAGUAGCAUUAAAAGCUCUGGGAGUAAUAUCAGUAGCGGGGUCACGUCUUUAGCGCCAGGCUCACUUUUGAGUGCGGCGACUCCGAUACAAAGUUUCACAUCGCCGAAAUCGCCAACAUUUGACGUGACUGGCCGGUUCAAGUACCUAGCCAACACACCGAACCGGCACCGAGCUGUACGAGAUAUUUAG